AAACCAGCUAAAAGUGAAACUCCCUCACUAAUUUGAAAAAUAGAAUCUUUAACCGGCCUGCGUUCAGUAGAGAGUGGGGAGUAUCUUCCUUCUUCCAUUUCUAGGGCUUUCGCAUUUUGCUCUCUCGUUCUCCCCAGUCGGAGCGCAUAUGAUGGCUGAUGAGGAGAGAAAGACAUGCGACUCUGUUGUUGACGUUGGAGGGGUUGGUUGUGGACUGAAUGGAAUUGAUGCUGGUGUCAAAAAUGGUGUUUUGGGUAAUGGGAAUUAUUCAGCUGAAUCAUCGAGGGAAUGUCUUAGAACAUACAAGAGGAGGAAACAUAACAGUUUACUUAGUCCCAAGAUUGAAUUGCUGCAGGAGGGGAAGCUUUUAACUUAUCGUUCUUCAAAUUAUCAAGAUAAGAUGGUAAAAGAACAAGGAGAUAAUGGUCAUCAAUUGAAAUGCCCAAGAAACGAUGUUUUGGAACAAAUGUGCAAGUCAAUAUCUGAGACAGGAGGCAGUUUACAUGGAUGCCUCAAAAAUGUACUAUCGCAUACUGGGAGCAGUUGCAGAACUGCAGAUAAGCAGGAUUCUGUUCAUUCUCAUGGAGGUGAAAAUAAGUCUCAGCCACAUACUGCGCUGACCAUCAAUGGGUUGCACAAUGCUGGAGAAGUACACGUUGAUGCAAUGCCUAAUCAUCUGCCCUCUAAAUCAGACUGUACAAUAACUGAGCUCUGUCAACGAACAUUUGUGGAUAUUCUUAUGUCGGAAAAGUUUGCUCAGUUAUGCAGCCUUCUGAUGGAGAACUUCUCAGGAAUGAGGGUUGAUGAAUUUAUUGAUAUCAAGAAUAUAAACUCAAGGAUGGAAAACGGAACUUAUGAGACUUCUCCUGUGCUUUUUCACUCUGAUAUUAAACAGUUGUGGACAAAGGUUCAAAAAGUUGGCACCCAAAUGGUUUCUCUUGGCAACAGUCUUCUGGUGAAAUCUAAUUCAGCUUGCCAUGAACAUGUGGCAGGCUCUGUUCCCGAAAUUGGUAAACAUGAGGUUCCCUCCGAGGAACAAAACGAUGCAUCCGUUGUUAAACCUUUUGCUUGUGGGAAGUGUGGAGUACAUGCAGAUGGAAAAGAUUGCUUGGUGUGUGAUUCUUGCGAGGAAACAUACCACGUCUCUUGCAUUGAGCCUGCUGUUACAGAAAUUCCCGCAAGAAAUUGGUACUGUUUGAAGUGCACCACAGGCAGUAUUCAAUCACCCCAUCACAAUUGUGUAGUGUGCGAUAGACUGAAUGCUGGAGACAAUGUGGUUAGUGACAAUUCAAACGAUCCAGAUGAUGGCCUCAAAUCUGACGAGAAUCUGUAUUGCUGCUCCAUCUGUAGAGGGAAAGUGGAAAAUAACCGAGAUAUGAAGGUAUGUGGCCAUGUCUAUUGUCCACAUAAGUAUUACCAUGUCAGGUGUUUGACAGGUAAGCAGUUGAGUACACAUGGUCCAUGUUGGUACUGCCCAUCUUGUCUUUGUUCGAUUUGUCUUGUUGACAAAGACGACGAUAAGAUCAUUUUAUGUGAUGCCUGUGAUAAUGCGUAUCACAUCUACUGCAUGGAACCUCCACUGGAUAGAAUUCCAAAUGGGAAGUGGUUUUGCAGAAAAUGCGAUGCUGGGUUAAAGAAGAUAGGCAAAGUAAGAAGGGCAUAUGAGAUUGUACAAAACCGAUCAGAAAUGAAGGGUGAAAUUGGAAAUGUGAAAAAUGAAGCGUGAACUUUGGAAUUAGAGGGACCGGUUAGGCGGGGUUGUGAAAAAGGGCUUCCAAGCAAGACAGACAGACAGACUCUAACUGUAAUAGAAAGAUGGUGAUAUUUUCAAUAUAUGGGUUAAAUAGGUAGAAUUUUGUAAAAUGAUGUAGGUAUUGGAGAUCACAAAACAACAUCAAACAGCUUAUUUUGUAAGUUUGUUAUUUCCAUACAUUAAUAGCUAUGUUUGUUUUGAUUGGUAGAUUCUGCUAGCUUUUGAACAAAUCUGUAUCUUCUUGGUUCUUAGUAAUAUGCACUUCUCUUAUUCUCUU